AUGGACAUUGGCGGAAAGAGCGAGCGUUUGCAACACGCGCACCUAUACACACGACACAUGUGGAAUGGACAAAGCCUGUUGCCACCCCCGCAAAGGGCAGAUGCUGGGGAGAGGGUUCCUCGAAACACCCCCGAUUCCGAUAAAGAUCACGGAACAGAGCGGAGAAAGAUAGUACGACGAUGGAAAGAGACACAUUCCGUCAUAAAUCCGAAUCUUGACAUCGCCCCAGAAAACCGGGGAACACAAAGACCGUUCAGGGCACUCCGGGUGACCGUCUGCAAAAUUACGAUGGUGGUGGUGGUGAGAUGUCGCUUCCUCUGCUCGGUUAGACAAGCGAGGAAGCUCUUCCACGAUACUCCGUACGCCUUCCUUUCUUCCACCUUCCGCUGUCAAGGUGGGAAAGGCAGAGAACGUGCUUUGUGCAGCGGUGGUGGGGUGAUUUUUCGGCCGGCCGGGACCCAGCGAAGUUGGUGUAAACGGCAUAGUGAAGUUUGGCAUUUUGUUACCGGCGGGACGGACCGGGGGAACGUCAUGGGUCACGCCAGAGCGGAGCUGGUGUCGCCAGGUCGGUGUCGUUUGUGGGGGGGGGGGGGGACGUUCUCGGCUGGGCUUGGCGUCGUACCGAAAUCUCACGAUGGGGAGUGGAGUUGUGUGGUGUGA